UACAUCCCAAGAAGAAGAAGUCGAAGAAGGGGGGAAAUAGAAAUGAUCACAAACAAGAAAAAACCAUGAGCCAUGGAGAGUCUGCGGGUGCUCGAGCUGUACUGUGGAAUCGGAGGGAUGCAUUACGCUUUAAAGGAGAGUGGUGUACCUUUUCACAUAGUGGCUGCCAUCGACAUAAAUCCCACAACCAAUCAGAUCUACAGACACAAUUUCCCAGAUACUCCACUCUGGAACAAGACCAUCGAGGGCAUAACAUUAGAUGACUUCAACAAAUUAUGUUUUGACACCAUUUUGAUGAGCCCUCCAUGUCAGCCUUUCACCAGGAUAGGUCGUCAGGGUGACAUUCAAGAUCCCAGAACCAAGAGCUUCCUCUACAUCCUCGAUCUUGUGCCAAGGCUGAGCACGCCACCCCGCUUCAUCCUGCUGGAGAAUGUGAAAGGCUUUGAGAACUCCUCUGCCAGGGAGCGUUUAGUGAAAAUGCUGGUGGAAUGUGGAUAUACUUUUCAGGAAAUCAUGGUCUCACCCACAAGUGUUGGGAUCCCAAAUUCAAGACUGCGUUAUUUCCUGAUUGCUAAGAUUGCAACAGAGCACACAAUUUUAAAGAUUUCAGACGUGUUCCCACAUGCUGCUCACAGUGAUUGCUAUGAGCUGCCCGCAGUCCUGGAUUCAGCCUGCUUGGGGACCUGUCAGCCCGAAGACCCAGUGGAGGGGGACCCUGUCCUUUAUAAAGUGGAGACAGCGGCUGAUGCUCAGAGGAAGAGGAGUCAGAACAACAAUCUGUCCGUCAGGCAGAUUCAAGACUUUCUGGAAGCUCAGCUGGAGGCAAACGAGGAGCAUUAUCUCCUUCCUCCUAAAACGUUGCUGCGAUACGCUCUGCUCCUGGACAUUGUUAAACCCACGUGCAGGAGGUCUGUCUGCUUCACUAAAGGAUAUGGGCGCUAUGUGGAGGGAACUGGAUCAGUUCUGCAGUGCUGUGUGGAAACACAGAUGGAGAGUGUGUUUACUGGUCUGGACCAGUGCUCUGAAGAAGUUAAACUCCAGCAGCUGCAGAAACUGAAACUCCGAUAUUUUACUCCUCGUGAAGUUGCCAACCUCAUGGGAUUCCCUCAAAGCCUCUCUUUUCCAGUACAAGUCACGACCAAGCAACAGUACAAAGCUUUAGGAAACAGCCUGAAUGUGGUGGUGGUGGCCAGACUUCUACAACUGCUGCUCUCUUAACACUUGAUAACUGAUUAUAUAAACGUUCAAAUACUAAACACAUAUGUAACGGUACAGUCCUGUUUGUUAUUAUAAUAAAAUCCUCUUUUGGAUUAGGUUUGGACUGAUAAAUCAUUAUAUGUGUUUCACAAGGUUUUUUCUUAUUCAUAUGUCUGAGUUGUAACAACAGUUCCGUUCACACCUGUCUGAAACCACGUGUGGUGUCAGUGAUAAUCUUGCAUGUGUUUUUAAGAAGGGAAGGAUUUAAACCUGCACAUAAAUGACAUGUUUUUAAUAUUUUCAGUGCAGAAGGAGUAAAAUCGUAACAAUUCCAACCAUCUUCAUCUGUUUCUGUUGCAGGGAUGUUCGUUAUUUCUAUAUCGAACAAUAUUUACAUGUUGUUUCUGAGGAUUAGUAAGCAAUUUCGACAGAGACCUAAGUUGCUGCGGGACAUGUCUUCACCAAAUAUGAGGUUUUAAAGGCUGUUGAGUUUGUUGACUGUCUCACAUGAUUAUGUUACAACUCUCAUGUAAAUAAUGCAGACGAUUUACUCUGGAUUCCUUAUACUUUAUAUACUUUAUGCUUUCAGCUGAAGAUUUUUCAUUUGUUUGUCGAGUUUCCUUGAAUCCUGUGUGUGAGGAACAAUAAACAAUCAAGGACUUUGUA